CCCUAACAUGGAGCGGUUUUCGAUAAGUAUUCUGCAUCAACAAAUCUACAAUAUUUGCCGGCUUUGCGGCGUAGAUAAUCCAGAUAAGCGGCCGAUACUCGAAGACGACGACGAAGUGAUUCUUGUUGACGAGGAAGAGUCCACGAUGGCUAAAAAGAUCGAGGAAUGUGUGGGCAUACUGGUUCACAAAAAUGAUCAAAUGCCACAAUACAUUUGCUGUUUGUGUAUGGAUAAAGUAAACGACUUCUACGAGUAUCGUUUAAUGUGUGCCGCGACGAAUCUACAGACUCGCAACAUCCUGCACCUUCCACUAGUGGAUCCUUCCACAACACUGAUUAAAACCGAAAAACCCAUCAAAAUUGAAGAACCGCAAUCGAAAACUGGGCAGAAACGAACAACUCGACAGUCUGGAGCCAAAAGUGUUGCUGAUACGAGCAGAGCUUGUAAAGAAGAGUGCGAAGUGCCCGUUAAUGAACGACAUGAACAAGCAUCGACAGAGAAACGACUUAAGGUUGAGAUCGCUUGCGAUUUCUGCAAGAAGGUUUACGAAACGAGCGAGCAGCUAGACCGGCACCUUAUCGUGAAGCAUGCGCCAUCGAUACACAAGUUCGGCUGCACUGCUUGUACGGAGACCUUUGUUACGGCCAAGGAUUUGAAAAAUCACCAUCUUUGGCACAAGCUGUCGCGCACGCAGUAUCGUUGUUUCCGAUGUUCGAAGAAAUUCGCUCGACACGUAACCCUGACAAAGCACAUUGAAAGUAAUGGGUGCGGUCGUCCGUGCGGGAAAGUGGACGAUUUAUUAGUUCCUGAUAUGCGUUGCCAACUCUGCAAUAAGGUGUUCAAGACUCGUAAUCUGUUUCAUUGGCACUCGUGCUUUCUACGUGCUCGGGCCUCGUGCCCAAAGUGUGGCAAAUUCUUCGUGAAGAAAAGCGCGCUCGUGCGACACUAUGUAGUGUAUUGUAAGGGCAAGUUGUUGAUCGCAGAACCCAUUCCUGUGCUCGACAGUGUCAAAAAGGAAGAUGCGUUACCGAAUGGGCUGAGGGAACCCAACGCAGGGGAAGGAAAGCGGCCAAGAGGCCGUCCACCGCUGAGGGAUAAUGUUCCGAAGAGAGAAGAGAACCAACAUUGUGAGGAAGAAGAUAUAGAGUUGCCCUUUCCUCCACCGCUCGAGCUCACGCUAACCGUCAAAACGGAAAGUAGUGUAGAACCAGUGAAUCCCGGCGACUCCCCAGCAGCUCAACGGACUGCUUCACUCACGAAGACGGAAACAGAGAAUGCAGAGCAAACAUCCGUGAAUACAGCGAUUGCAUCGAUUGCGACUAUAAAAAAGCGGAGGCAGGUCAGCUACCGGACCCGAGCCGAAAAUGGUCAGGUGGAGGCAAAUGUCUCACAGGAGCCGAUGGUAGUAUUCUCCAUGUCGAAUAUAAAACAGGAACAGCUAACAGCAACUGUCGAAGAAUCGGAACGUUUGCGUUCAGAUGAUUCUCUAGGUGACAGAGAAAAGGAGUCUGAGAGGGGAAAUGAUAGCGUUCCAGCGGCGAAUGUAUCUGAGUUAAGUCAGGAUGAAACCAAUGACAGCAUUGAUGGUCACGGCGAUGGAUUUGGUGAUUUUUGCGACGAAGAUGACCAUAGUGAUGCUAAUGAAAAUCAGCAGCGGCAAGAACAAGGCAAUGAUGAAGCUAUUCCCGCUCCAGAGUCGUCUACGGAGGGCACAUAUCGUGUUCUAUUUCCACGCAACUAUCACGAAGAUAGUACCCAGUUUGAACAACGGCAGUCGCUGGUGCAAGAGCUAUUGCAAAUCAAGCAAGAGCCUACGACAUUCGACGAUAGGGAAGAUGUGCCUCGCGUAAGCCAACCAAUGACGAGCGUUUGUAUUAAGCAGGAACCUCUUGAUGGCACACACGAUAGCGAUCGGCGACCUUCGAACCAAACAAAACCGAUCGUACAACAACCUCUUCGGAUGAAAAUCAAGAAAGAGAAAGGUUUGUUUAAUGCGACAGUCUUGGACGAAACCGUGUCGAUAGGCGAUGCAACUCCAACUUUACCGCGAAAUCACAUCUCACUCUCCAAAACAGGAGCAGUAGAGCACAAAAAAAAGAAGGCGAAACGAAGUCAACAUGGUAAGGUGAAGAGUAGGGAAGUUGCUAGCAAAAAACACAGAGAGGAACCGGUUCGCAUAAAACAAGAGAUACUCGAUCCGGAGGAGGAUCAUGCAAUGGAAAGGGAGCAGUGCCAAGAGUUACACCGUAAUCCAAUCGCUGCUGUGGGUAUUGUUAACGUUAAGCAAGAACCAGUCGACACUGAAUGGAGUAGCCGACCGAUUAAGAGUGAAUUUCCGACUUACGAUCCGUAUCAUGCUGCCGAGUGUCCUGCGGAACAGAUAGCACCGUUUGACGGAAUACGUAUAAAGAUGGAGCAACUGGUGAGCGAUGUACGCGAGGCGGAGUUUAGUGAAGAACCAUUCAGUCGCUUUUCUGAUGUGGAGUUUGCAAGUGAAAUUGAGUCAGGAAGUUCUCGUUUGACAAUUGGCGCAAGUAAUACGCAAGGCCGUAAAGCAACUAAGAUUAAAACGAGUAAGAUGAUCAAUCCGUUCGCGUUGAUGAGACAAAAGGUGACAAUGCAACAGGUUGCGGGCGAUUGUGACGACGCGUCCCCAAAUGCAAAUAACGCAGGACAUAAGGACGGUUCAGUAGCGAGUAGCAUUGGUACUGAAGCGGUGGAAACAGUUUUACCCAUAAUUUCUCAGGUGACUUCAAUAGAACGGGUGGAUUUUACGGUGGAACACUUAACAACUGACGAACUUGAAAAUGUGGAAAGAAAUGAGUCUUCGCUGGAAGAAGAAAAUGUUCGUGACAAAACUGGUCAGGAUGUCGUGUGUGCAAGAGACGACGAUGAAGUGCGGCAAAAUGAUGUUUCACCACUAAAUAGGGACGACCAAAAAAAAGGCGCCGGAUCUUCGUCGUUACCCAUAAUUUCUCAUGUGACCUCAAUGAAUCCAGCAGAGCAUGUUACGAUAACAGCACCGACCAUCGAAGCAUGCAAGGAGAUGGAAGAAAGUAGCACCCAAUUGGGGAAUUUAAUUCCUAAAAGCCAUUCUGACACCCAUCACCAGAUCGACAGGACUAAAGCCGACGAGGAGUCGACUAAUGACAAAGAAAGAGAUUCAAAUGAAAACAAUCCCAGUGCUAACGAAAAUCACAAUACAAGUAGCAUUGCGCUCGAUCGACAGGCAACGAUUGAAGACAGUCUCAUUCGUGCAGCAGUUGUCUCAGAUAACAAAAUUCAAGAGCGAGUUGAUAGCGAGGUAAUGGGAAAGGAAUCAGCAGAGAAAGUACAACUUCCAGCAGCAACGCCAGAGUGUCAAGAGAAAGAACAUAAAGUAACAGAUGGCCUGCCAUCCUCUACGGCAUGCGAUGCAAGUUUACCUAACAUAGCUGAACAAGCUAAAGAGGGUCAGUCUACAUUCAAAUCUCUAACGGAUACCGAAGGCGAGUUAUGUUUAGCACGAGAAACAUUGAAAGACGUGGAGAGCGCAGUAGCCGUUUCUCUGAGUAAAAAGGAAAAAUUGCUAUGUUCGAAGGAACAAUCGCCUCCUGAACAUCCGCCGACGGUGUCCAAUAACAUAUAAGGUCAUGUAAAAUUUUCAAUGUGCAUCAUCUUGCACCGAUUGUAGAAUUAAAAAUCAAGAAGUAGGCUUUUUUGCAAUAGAUUUGUGGAAAAGCCUGUAGUAAAAUAGCCCACGGUUGUUGUAUAGACAUUGACGUUUGCUUUUGUAGAAACACUAAAAAGGUGUUUUAAUUUCGAAGAGCAUACAUCUUGAUACGAGAAGCUCAGUACAGCAAGCAUGCGAAGAAGCACUUUGUGACUUUAUGCUGUGUAAAUAAUGGUGCAAUACUUUAAGUUUCGUUUUUCGUAGUAUGUGGCAAAAGUUGCAUUCGCAAUUUGUCUCGAUAUAAAACAUAAA